AUGGAGUUCGAUUUACGAGAAAAGUUGCUGAGCCAUGACUCUCCAGUAUUCUUUCUAGGAUCACACUUUGUUUUAGGAGAUCAUUUGUGGGGUGAAAUGCAAACUCAUUACUACGACGAAAUCAGAACAGAUCCCAUUUUGGUUGCCAACAUGGUCAAAAUGUUCCAACAGUUUUCAUUCGUCCUCUUCAAAAAUGGAACCAGUAACAGAGAUGUAUUCCACCAUUUUCUGCAAUUAUUUGACGACAACUUGAUGACGGAAAUGCACAACAAUCCAAAAGUAUACGCGAAAACUAUCGCCUACCUUCAGAAGACUGUUGAUCAGCUGAUCGAACGGAAUCACGAAGCAUUUUACGAGGUUGAUGUUUUGAAGUGUGUCAUCAUGAAAGAAUGGCUGACAGAGAAGCGCGUAGAAGCAGUUAUACAGAAUGUUUUGAUGAGUGAAUGUUCCGAUGACCGGAAAGAUGACGAGCUAAUACCAAUCAUCAGAGACCAUCUGGACAAGUUUGCUGAAUUUUGCGGACCCCGAAGUUACCUUGCGACCAAAUUAUUCUAUUUUGGUAUGUACCACUUCUUCGACCUCUUCCAGUCGUCACCAGAGAAGAUAGACGAGUACCAUAUUGUUUGGUUUUUGCAUUUCCUUGGUAAGAAUGGUGCAUUGUGUUCUGACAUAUUUUCACACAUUCCUCAAGAAAUCGCCGAAAAAAUGUAUUCAGAAAUAUGUUCGGAUGCUUGUUUAGUUUACAUAACGAAGAACUUUGAUGACGCCUCUAAUGCCUAUUCGUUAAACCUAACCAACUACUCAAGAUUCCAAUGUAUCUUGUUGUUAGAAAAUUACCUGCGUACUGAAUACUCCAGAGAGUGUGACUAUGUUUUUGAUGUAUCACAGUAUAAAGAACACAAACAAGAUUACCAGGAAUACUGCAAAGAAUUUGCUCAUGCUACAGACAUUUCAGAGGAAUGUCCACGGACAGUGGACGAUAAACGAGUAUGUCUCCUCUCGGAAAUAAUCUGCAAAACUGAACCUAAGAAUGAGUUAGAAGCCCUUUACCUGGUCUCUGAAGCUAUCAAUCUGGAGUGUACCACAUUCUUCACUUCAAGACACCUUGAUAAAACAGCUGAACUCUCGAACUGCUUGAAAAGUAAGAAAAUCCUGAAACAAAUAUUCGAAUUAUUUAUGAGUAAGUCUGAUAUUGGCAGCCUCAAAGCAUUCUUGUCACAACACGUGUCAGUUUACGAAGAACACCUUCCAGCUUUUACCAGGAAACAGAUCGAUAAGUCUGUGUGUUCAACUGCAGAGUUGUUGGAUCAAACAAUUGUUCCAGAAACCAGUCAAAACGGGCUCAAAAUGAAUAUCGAAAUCUUAACACAGCUCAUAAUCACGUUCCAAGAAAUAGUUCCCGGGGAACGUCUGUCUCCUAUCUUCGAUACCUUGAUCGCUCAUCCAGCAGUACAGAAGUGUUUGGUUUCCGAGCUAAGUAGUGAGAAAACAUUGCUGACUAAACUAUUUGUUUUGCUGUUGGAAACUGGAAAAGUACCCUCCGAGACCCUGAACAAAGCCCACUAUCUUAUCUUCCAAACCUCUUAUUCAGCAACCACCUCUGUUGCUGACAAAAACGUUUUAAAGAUCCUGAAACAUUUUGAAGAGCAGGGUGUGGUGUCCAAAUACCCAUUCGCAUAUGGAUCUGACGUGGCCGAUCUGAAAAGCAUCAAAAACAUCGCCCACUACAACGAAUACUGCAUCAAGAUCCUGGAAAACAUCGACAGUGACAUGAUGAACAAUCUGAUAGAUAACUUUCCCUUACACUCUGAGGAAAGCAUGAAGAUGGUGACGGACAGUGUGGAAUCUCUGGUAACAGCUGACACCGAGUACAUUCUAUCCCUGCUUCACCACGUGCUGAGAAAUGGGGAGGUAGAUGUGCGCAUGAUCCUGUCCCAUCCUAUCAGUAAGGUUAUGUUACUUGCUCUAAGCAGCUACGAUGAAGCUACCAGACGUGUCGCAUUCGUCUGUCUGGAGAGGACAUCCCUCCUUAUAGAGGAGGAAAAGUUCAAGGAGAAAGCUAUGUGUUUGUAUUUGUUUAAGAUGAUUGAAAACUCUAUAACCUCGGUUGAAGAGAGAUUACCUCAUUUGUCUGUAUAUUUUCUUGGUAGAAUGCUUCACGCUUUAUUUACACCACACAAGCAUAUCUACCAGAAUAUUUGCCACUUUUUACUGCAGAGGCCCGUGUUUGAUUUCCAUGAUGUUCCCAUGUUUUACGGCAUGUUUUGUAGCUCUAACCUUUACUUUAAACAGGAUCAGAACUGGUUGUUAGAAAUUCUUUGUGUUGCUGUGCGAGAUGAGAUUGAUUAUAAGAUUCUUACCAGGAGACAUGUUUUACCUCACUGCUUUUCACAGAUUUCUUGCCAUAAUUUAGAUAAGCAUACCUUAAAAUUGAUACAUAAGUUGCUGAGAAAGGUGUUUAGUAUUAAGAGUGUAAAGGUUCAAAAUGAUUUAGCUGAUUUAGGAAUCACUGCAAUUGAUUAG